CGUCAGGUACCGUCAGCGGCGCAUCGCCGGCAUCUUCGUACGACGCGAUGGCGACCAGCUUCUGUUUACUGAUGGUGUCGGCCGCCGCCUGCGGCCUCGGUGCCGACGCCCGGCCGCAGUACGACAACUUCAACACCAUCUCCUACAUCUCCGGCUCGGACGCGCAGGCGACCAUCAUCGAGGAGGAGAACCAGCCGAACGGCGGCCUUGGCAACUACGUCUACAGGUAUACGACCUCGAACGGCAUAAGCCAAAACGAGGAAGGCAUUUUCGAGCCGGGCACCGAGCCGGAGACAGGCGACAUGGAGGUGGCCGGCUCCUACAGCUACGUCGACCCCAGCGGCAUCACGCGCACCGUCACAUACACGGCUGGCGUGGACGGCUUCCGCGCGCAGGGCGACCACCUCCCGACGCCGGUGCCGACCCAGUACCCGCUACCGCAAGUACCGGCGCGCGACGGCGGCGGCGGCGGCGGCGGUGGGGCGGCGCUUGGGGGCCAAGGAUUCGGCGCCGGCCGCUGACUGGCCUCACUGGCAGGGGGCACGUGUGCUGGCGGAACAGUGAACGGACGGCGGGGAGCUGCGACGGCAUUAUCGCGACUGAUGACUGAUAGGAUGCAGACGGGAGGAUCGGGUUGUAUGUAUCGCGGGGAUGUGUUUGGCCGGUCAUGAUGCGAAGCGAACGUGCUCGGUUUGCGAAGAGAUAUGCUUGCUCUUGUCUCUCCAAGUGCGUGACGCGUAAUUGGUUAAAGACAAUAUCCACGUAGGGUUUGCGGCAGGUUUAGUUCGCAAAAUAAGUCGGAGGUGGGAGUGGGGCAGUGAAAAAUGAUGAAAGCAAUCACCAAAAUACGACAAAAACUGAUUUACUCCCGGAUUUGGUCCACUUUCUUCCCAACGUUCUGCGGGGUCUGAACCA